GUAAUUCCGCAUCUCCUUUGCUUCACACAGCUCCGAACUCUGCAGCUCGUGUUUUUACAUUCCUGCAUCUAUCUGGAAAAUUACAUUCUCUUGGAGGCUAUGUCUGCUUGGCCGCACAUCCACACUCUGGAAAUCAGAGACUCAGGUCUUCGUCCUUCUUCAGUCUCAUUCCAUGGGUUAUUCACAGCGCUCCGUCUAUGUCUACGAUUGCAUACACUGCAAGUUGCAAUCAAUACUGCAACUAUCGACAUCGAUCCUGAUGAUGAGCCAACACAACAUACCUCCCUACGAACAUUGGAAUUGGAGGCAUCCGAUUUUCCAAUAGCAAAUGCUGAAACUCUCGCUCGCAUCAUUUUUUCCUGGCUCCCUUGUGUCGACCAAGUUGUAAGCAUGGAUGGGAAUUGGGACGAAGUCAACACCCAUCUCACAUCUUUGAAAGCUAUUGCGCUGUAUGUCGCGGGAGCCUCCUAGAAUAAUUGGAAUUGGAAUAUAUUCACGUUUGGGAAUGUUGUUACAUGCCUUCGAGUUCUUUCGUUCAUUCAUUGUCGCUGUUGUGGUUGUUUUCUCCUGUCGGACUGUUAAACUGCUAUAGUAGCGUUAUGUAUUUUCUCUGCACAUUCGAAAGGACCUCCUCGAGUCGCUCAAUCCAUGUAAUCCC